AUGCAGGCGGAAAACCCCGACGUGCUGCUGGACCUGGAAGAGGAGGAGGAGGAGGAGGGGGACGAAGAGGUGGACGAAGAGGAUGGGGAGAGCGUCUUGGAAUUGAACCAAGUGAUUAUUCCCACUUACGGAACCGUGCCAGAUCAGCAAAACCUUCAUGCUCCAGAAUGGGCUGAUUUUGAUAAUAAGCCUGAUUCCUUGUUCUUCAGCGAUGGGCAGCGAAGAAUUGACUUUGUUUUGGUAUAUGAAGAUGAAACAAAAAUGACUCAUAAGAGGAGUAAUCAUAAAAAACAAAAGAGGAAGAGACAAGUAUAUGAAUCAAACCUGAUAAACAACGGCUUGCAACUUGAAGCAACACGAUCGGUUUUGGAUGAAAAAACUAUUUUUGUGAAAGUGCAUGCACCUUGGGAAGUGCUAUGCACAUAUGCUGAGGUCAUGCACAUCAAAUUGCCUCUGCAGCCCAACGACCUGAAAACUCGGGAGUCAGCUUUCAACUGGUUUACUAGACUCUUCAGCGUGGAUGAAAAUAUUAUCAAACCUGAGCAAGAGUUUUUCACUGCUCCUUUUAAAAGGGAACAUUUAUCCAACUUUUAUAUUCAAGACAAAGACACAUUUUUCAAUCCAGCAACAAGAAGCCGAAUCGUUCAUUUUAUCCUAUCCCGUGUGAAAUACGCGACCAAACAGAAUGUAAAGAAGUUUGGCAUUAAUAAGUUACUGGACACUGGAAUCUACAAAGCAGCAUUUCCCCUUCAUGACUCUAGUUUUGGGCACCUGUCAACUGAUCCUGACUGCCCAAGUGAACGUUAUCUUCUCUACAGAGAAUGGGCUCACCCUAAAAACAUUUUGAAACUGCAACCCCUGGAUUUCAUCAGGAAAUACUACGGAGAGAAAAUUGGAAUCUAUUUUGCAUGGCUGGGCUUUUAUACUAAUAUGCUGAUCGUGGCUGCAGUUGUAGGAGUUGGCUGCUUUCUGUAUGGAUUCUUCAUGAAGGAUAACUGCACAUGGAGCCAAGAAGUAUGUGAUCCCAACAUAGGAGGUAAUAUCAUAAUGUGCCCUCAGUGUGAUAAAGUAUGUACCUACUGGAACCUCACCAUCACUUGUGAAUCAUCCAAGAAACUCUGUAUAUUUGAUAGCUUUGGAACACUGGUGUUUGCAGUGUUUAUGGGAAUUUGGGUUACAUUGUUUUUGGAGUUUUGGAAGAGAAGGCAGGCUGAGCUGGAGUAUGAAUGGGACACAGUGGAGUACUUAGAGCAAGAAGAACAAAUUCGCCCAGAAUAUGAAGCUCAGUGCACUCAUGUAGUAGUGAAUGAAAUCACACAGCAAGAAGAACAUGUGCCAUACACUGCCUGUGGGAAGUGCGUGCGUAUAACUUUAUGUACAAGUGCAGUCUUCUUCUGGAUUCUUUUGAUUAUUGCUUCGGUUAUUGGAAUCAUUGUAUACAGACUCUCUGUUUUCCUGGUGUUUUCUGCCACAUUGCCACGGCACAUUAAUGGCACACAAGCAAUCCGCAAGUACCUGACUCCACAGACAGCCACCUCAGUAACAGCUUCAAUCAUCAGCUUUAUCAUCAUUAUGGUUCUGAACAUCGUUUAUGAAAAAGUAGCAAUCCUCAUUACCGACUUUGAGCUUCCAAGGACACAAACCGAAUACGAAAACAGUUUGACCACAAAGAUGUUCUUGUUCCAGUUUGUCAACUACUAUUCUUCAUGCUUCUACAUAGCUUUCUUUAAGGGUAAAUUUGUAGGUUACCCUGGAAAUCCAGUUUAUUGGCUAGGAAAGUAUCGCAAUGAAGAGUGUGAUCCAGGUGGAUGUCUCCUUGAACUCACAACUCAGCUUGCCAUCAUAGUAGGAGGUAAAGCAAUAUGGAAUAACAUUCAAGAAGUGCUUCUUCCUUGGGUUAAGAAUCUAAUUGGAAGAUACUGUGCAGAUGCUAGAUCAGAAAAGAUUGUUCCACGCUGGGAACAGGACUAUCAUCUGCAGCCCAUUGGAAAACUUGGAUUGUUUUAUGAGUAUCUUGAGAUGGUUAUACAGUUUGGCUUUGUCACCCUGUUUGUGGCAUCAUUCCCCCUGGCUCCUCUUCUGGCUCUUAUCAACAACAUGUUGGAAAUCAGGUUGGAUGCGUGGAAGCUGACAACCCAGUUCAGGCGCAUGGUUCCGCAGAAGGCACAAGACAUCGGUGCGUGGCAGCCCAUCAUGCAAGGCAUAGCCAUUCUGGCUGUGGUGACCAAUGCCAUGAUAAUUGCUUUUACAUCUGACAUGAUUCCUCGUCUGGUUUAUUACUGGUCCUUUUCAGUCCCUCCUUAUGGGAGCCACAGCAGUUACACCAUGAAGGGGUAUAUAAACAAUACACUCUCUGUCUUCAAUAUAUCAGACUUCAAGAAUGCAAGCAAGCCAUUUUCCCCCUGGUUUGGGAACCACACGACAUGCAGGUACCGUGACUUCCGCUACCCUCCUGGGCACCAGCAUCAGUAUGAGCAUAACAUAUACUACUGGCACGUCAUCGCAGCCAAGCUGGCUUUCAUCAUUGUCAUGGAGCAUGUCAUCUACUUUGUGAAGUUUAUUAUUUCCUACAUAAUCCCGGAUGUGUCACAAGAGACCAAGAGCAAGGUCAAACGAGAGAAGUACCUGACACAGAAAAUCUUGCACGAGAACGACCUCAAAGUUGUGAAAAAAACCAUAGGGAAAAUCGCCGACAAAAUUAUUGAAGGAGUAGACAGCACUUUCCGGCCUAAAACUGAAUAAGGACUUUUUUCUAUAUGGAGGAACAGUUUUUAACCAGCUAGUGCCUGCCCAGGCAUUACCAAUAGUUAACCAAACGCUUUGGAUGAAUUUGCCUUACUAAACAUGGUUUCUUGCAGCUGUCACCUGCUCUGUUGCCUGUUUCUCUUAGGCAAAAGCAACCACUGAGACUCAGUUUACAAUCACCCAUUUUUUAAACCAGCUUUAUUAGGACACAUUUUAACAUGUGAAGGUAAAAAUUAUCGUUUUAAAACGAUGCUGAUUAACUCUGAAAUAUACAGAGUGCUUUCCUUUUUAUUUAGGUAUAAGCUAGUAGGAACUUGAAUAAAACUUUAAUAACAAGAAUUACUUGUUAUAAGAACACCACCACUUUCUGUGAAGGAGCUUCAAUUACUUGGUGAUGCAAACCCCAGCUAAAAGAAGGAAAAGCCAAAACAUGGAGGAAAGAGAAGGAAAAUGCAAGUCGCAAGCAUGUUGUUAAGCUGUUGCAAUUGACUUACUGAGCACUGUUCUAUGCUUUGCUGACUUAGAAGUGCAUACUGAAACUUAAAUGGAUAAAAAGAUAUUUCAAUUAAUCGUGGGCUUGGAUCACAAGAAGCAGUGGGACUGUAAGCUGUUUGCCAGCCUCUGUGUAAACAGGAGAAUUGAAAUCGUUGCAUACAACUGACUUCACUGCACUUGGAGCAAGUGGAAAACUCAGUUAUUUUCUCUUUUCCCACAUCAGUGUACCUUCAUUAGCUCACUUGGCCAUUCUGUUCUGAAUGAACACAGCCUUUAAGGUCUCCCAGCUGUAACAGUAAUGAGUGUUAAAGUUCUUUUCAUGAACUAAAUAAUUGUAGAGGGCUGUCUUUUGCCUAUACCAUAGGCAUUCUCUUCCCUGAUUUUAACACAGAAAGAAUUUGCAGCUGGACCUGUUCUGGUGCAACACUGUAUGACAAAUUAAACGUGGACAAGACCAUGAAUCUAUUGAAGCUGCAGAUCGGAAUAAACCAUUUAAUAUGCAUUUACUGUGUUACAAAACUUUAAAUAAUCAGGAAGAUGUUACAAGUGUGGAUGAACUUGCCAGAGCCAUCAAUCAUCUUCACAUUAUGCUGCGGAUCUGCUUGGCUGUUUUGGCCUCAGUUGCAUCCUAGGAGUUCAGGAAUUACAGGGUAAACGUGUAUGUAGAGCUCCUACAGCAAUGAUGUUCCCAAUUAUUAACUUGCUUUCUUUUUUUAAUGGCUCUUGUACACCAGUCCCUAUGAAUUGUGAAAGCCAAAAUCUUGAAAGAAAGGCAAAAAUAUGUCUGCAGUCUGUAAACCAGAUGAUUACUGCUGGGUUUGUAAUUUUGUACUCUUAAAUGUCAUUCAUAUGCACAAUACUUAGGCAGAUAUUUGCAUAGCUUUUUACAUAUUAAGAACGUUUGCGAAACAAAGUAGCAUUGGUAAAUUGUAUUUUAUCCCAUUAAUAAUCAGAAGGAGUUAAACAUCUGAAUUUUGUAGAAAAACUUCAAAAUACCUCAAGCCCAUCCUUUGUAAUGGCAGCAUAUGAACCAGAAGAGGCAACACACGAAGGGAAUUAUUUCAGCAGAUUGCACACAAGCUUCCACUAAGCACAGCUUUGCAAAAUGAUUGCAUAGAAGAAUAUGGGAGAAAAGCUUGGUUCAAAAAUCAAACAAAGGUUAAAAGAUGAAAGACAGAAACCCGGAGGUUCCAGAGAAGACUUACAUUUCUGACAACCAGGAACUGAAGUUUGCUUUAUAUACUGCCUGGGAAACCUGCUGCCAAACACUACCUGAAGAUGAAAAGAUGCAGGACAGAAAAACAAGAUCAUAACCAUAAACAACUACUGACCAGAGCCAUGAUAAAACUGGUGCUUCUUUCCACAGGAAAUUGUACUCUUUGACAUUUAUUUUUGUUGCCAGUCAGAAGCACAACAAGUCUUUAAAUUUACGAGGAAUAAAAUAUAAAUUUGGCAGAUGGAUAGACAAACACUCAGAAGUUUCUAAACAAGACAGGACUUCUUGUUGGAAUAUAUCAUCCCAAUACCGAUAUGACCUUUUU